UUUGUUGACGUCUCUUGAGUUGAUCUGCGCUGCGCGCGGCGCAAACAAACAUCAACAAUAACUGAUGUGAGGUGCGGUGUUGAGUGUUUAAUUUAUGGUAGAAUAAUUUUCAAAAAAAUGAGUGAAAUACCAAAAUUAAAGGCGCAAAUUGUGUCAUGGUUUAAUAUAAGCGGAUUUCAGAUACGAAGCGAAGCAAGUGUGUUUCUAGCGGAACAAAUCGUUUCACUCGCCGAACCGACCCGUAAGCAAUGGCUGCAAAACAUUGCCGGUCACGUGCAAGGCCAGAACCUCGAUCUACCGGUCGUAGAGAAGAAACAUAUCGAACUGGCCAUCAAGGAAGCGAACAACACCGGCUUGGAAGACAACGAAACCAUCUUCAGCGUGAUCAACGCCUAUGACGUUCCCCGCUUUCGCUUCAACGAGGAGAAGAAAAAGUUUUUGCCGGACAGUGGCAAACGGGGCUUCCUGCCGGGGCCGGACGCCAAAGCCGAAUACAUUCGGGAGCGAUAUCUGACGUUGUGGCAGAAGACCAGCCGGCAUGAGAUGUUCAAUACCAGUAAGGUUUCGAUGCAAGAUGUUAAGCGAUUGACGCUGAGAAAGAUCGAACUGUUACUGUCGACAUCCAAAAUGAAAGAGGUGGUAGUCCUUGGCCUCCUGACCCAACUGACCGAAGGUAAAUUUUAUCUGGAAGAUCCUACCGGUGUCGUACCGAUUGAUCUUAGCGAAACUGUUUUCUCAUCCGGACUGUUCUGUGAGGGCUGCUUCGUACUGGCCAGUGGGACCUAUAGCGACGGCACGCUCAAAAUCGAUGAACUGGGGUUCCCUGUAACAGAGCCGGCCUCCAGUAGCAGGGCAUUCUACGGUACGGUCAACACCUGGGGAGGACGAUCCAAAACUCUGCUCAAGUACUCAAAAAAUUUGACCGAACUGGAGCGUAAUUCCGGUGGAGAUAGCAUCGUAUUCUUGGCUGAUUGUUGGUUGGAUAAUUCGAUAGUGAUGAAAAAGUUGACGCAGUUGCUAGUUGGUUACAACUCUUUUCCUCCACGGGCAAUUGUACUAAUGGGACCAUUCAGUAAAUCUAAUGACAAUCCUUACCAUUUGAAGGAACGAUUCCAAGCGUUGGGUGAGAUCUUGGCAUCAUAUGACUCGUUAAAAAGAGAAACAGAUAUAGUCUUAGUGCCUUCUUGUGAAGAUCCCACAAUAGCCAACAUCCUUCCCCGCCCUCCGCUACCACAAUAUCUAACGGCUGACCUAAAAAGAAGCUAUCCCCGACUAGUACUGGCAACCAAUCCGUGCCGGCUGCAAUACUGCACUCAGCAAAUCGUAGUUUGUCGGUCAGAUCUGGUCACAAAGCUCUGUCGUAAUACGAUCCAUUUUCCGAAGAGUGGCCAACUUGCCGAUCAUUUUGCCCGUACUCUCAUCAGUCAGGGAACGUUGGCGCCGCUCCAUCCGAUCGCUUGCCCUAUCCAUUGGAACUACGACGCUGCCCUAACGCUUUACCCGCUGCCGGAUCUGAUAGUCAUCGGCGACACCUGCCAAGGGUUUCAAACGACCGAACAAAGUUGCACGGUGUUGAACACCGGAUCGUUCCCCAAGUCCAAUUUUGGGUUUAAAGUUUACAUUCCGACAUCGCGGGUUGUGGAGGAUUCACAGAUCCCGGAUGAUCACGGUGGGCAGUGAUUUGGACGGUGAUGUUCGCAAUUAUGAUUAAUAAACUCCCUUAUUGGUUUGCCAAAGUAUUUUUUCAUAACA